CCCAUGGACUCCGGGGGUCGGUCCCCGUCCCCCUGCUCACCGCGGCCCUCCAGCCCCAGGACGCCCCCCUGCGAGAUGUUUGGUUACGUGGGCAUCGAGGCGGUGCUGGACCAGCUGAAGAUCAAGGCCAUGAAGACUGGGUUUGAGUUCAACAUCAUGGUGGUGGGGCAGAGCGGGCUGGGCAAGUCCACCAUGGUGAACACCCUGUUCAAGUCCAAGGUGUGGAAGUCAACCCCGCUGGCUUUGGGGGGCCCCGUGCCCCAGACGCUGCAGCUGCACUCAGUGACCCAUGUCAUCGAGGAGAAGGGCGUGAAGCUGAAGCUGACAGUGACCGACACGCCUGGCUUCGGGGACCAGAUCAACAAUGACAAGUGCUGGGAACCCAUCCUGGGCUACAUCAGCGAACAGUACGAGCGGUAUCUGAAGGAGGAGAUCCUCAUCACCCGUCAGCGACACAUCCCCGACACCCGGGUGCACUGCUGUGUGUACUUCGUGCCCCCCACCGGGCACUGCCUGCGGCCCCUGGACAUCGAGUUCCUGCAGCGGCUGUGUAGGACUGUGAACGUGGUGCCAGUGAUCGCCCGGGCAGACAGCCUGACCAUUGAGGAGCGUGAGGCCUUCAGGCGCAGGAUCCAGCAAAACCUGAAUACGCACUGCAUCGAUGUGUACCCGCAGAAAUGCUUUGAUGAGGAUAUCAACGACAGGAUCCUCAACAGCAAGAUCCGGGACCGCAUCCCCUUUGCCGUGGUCGGGGCUGACCGCGAGCAUCUUGUGAACGGGAGAUGUGUCCUGGGCCGGAAGACAAAGUGGGGCAUCAUCGAAGUAGAGAACAUGGCACACUGCGAGUUUCCCCUGCUCAGAGAUCUGCUCAUCCGCUCCCACCUCCAGGACCUGAAGGACAUCACCCACAAUGUCCACUACGAGAACUAUCGCGUCCACAGACUCAACAAGAGCCACGUGCUGCCCCGCGGGCCCGGCUGGGUGAACCUGGCCCCGGCCACCCCUGGGCACUCGGCCAGGGCCAGGCCCCUGAAGGGCCGCAGGCGGGCCCCCGACGACUCGGAGGAGGACUGCUGA